AUGUUUUCCUCCUCGACCUCCUCGGCAAGGAACUCGGCACCGCAACCACCAGCCCCAUCAUCUACAGCCGCUUCGACAACUACAGCUGCCACGACCGCAUCCCAGAACCACAGUGUCUUGAGCGCGGCGCGCCCUCAACAUCCCCUCUCCUCCAACACUUCUGUAUCGGCGUCGCAGGCGGGCCAGGCACCCCAUGCCGCUGUGCAACCUGCCCCGCCUGCUCCUCAGCAGCAGCUACACCCGAAUCUGCCAUCCGAAGACCAGCAGCGGCACAUCUCAGAGGCGCGCGCGGCUGUAGUGGCGUCGAUCGGAAACAUGCUGGACGGCGAGCUGCAGUCCCGAGCAAAGAUGUUGCACGCCAACGCCGCGGCGUUGGAUAAGCAGGAACGGGACGUGAUGAAGGCUACUGACGCUCUAAGGAGAGAGAACGACAAGCUCGCCAGGUUUGCGGGAGAUGCGGCGGGGCGGGUGAAGGAGCUGGGUAACGUGCAGAACUGGGCCGAGGUGUUGGAGAGGGAUUUUCUAGUUCUCGAAGAGACGUUCCGCCUUGUGAGAGAAGGGAGUUGCGGGAGUUGCGGCAGUGGGAGUUGGAGUGGUAGCGGGAGCUGGAGCGGGAGCGAGGCUGGUGAUGGGGACGGGGAUGUUAGGAUGCGAGACGAAGAAGAGGCAGGUAAGGGGAAAGGGAAGCAGGGGGACGAUGGUGUUGCGCUUGCUAGGGCUAUGGGGUUAGACACUAAUCACGAUAAUUGCUCCGAGGCGAGUCAGAGUGUGACUGAUGCCGCAUCGAGCAAUGGGACAGAAGGACGGGCAAAAGGAUCUGAGACGACUUCCAUUUCGACACUGUGA